GUGUGGCUCAACCAAUCCAAUUGUGUCAACAUGAGAACUCUGGUUGUAUUGGCAGUGGUGGGAGUGUGCUCGGCGUUCCCCUUCAUCCAGGACGCCCCCGACGUGCAGGCUGAGAAAGCACGCUUCUUCCAGGCUUUCAAUGCUGCUCAGGCUGCCGCCACUCGCCACCAGGCCCUCCACCGCCCCUCGCCCGCCGCCCAGCCCAAGUGGUAUGGCCCCGUGGCUGCCACCGUCCCCGCCGGCGUCGACGGCACCAUCACCCCCGUGGGCGACACCCACGAGGUGGCUGCCGCCCGCGCUGCCUUUAACAACGCCUACCAGGCUCAGCUGAGGGCUACAGUGGGUGCUGCACCUGCUGUUCACUCCUACGCCCCCACCUACCACCACGCCCACGCUGCCCCUCAGCACCAGCCCAAGUGGACCGGCCCCGUGGCAGCCACCGUCCCCGCCGGACUCCCAGGCUCCGCCCCCCAGGUCGCCGACACCCCCGAAGUCGCCGCCGCCAAGCAGCAGUUCUUCAGCACCUACAACAGGCAGGCAGCAGCUGCAGCAGCCCCAUCUCAUCGCUACUACUAAGCUACGCUGUGAUAAACUGGAUUUGCUUUUAGAGUAAUGAAAUUGGCAAAAUAAAAAAGAUAUCUGUCAUUUCAUCUUUGGCUUGCACUUAUCCAUGAACAGUGCCAAAGGAAAUCACAUAGUAAUGAGAACCUCGACUGUGACAAUUACUUACUUAUUAUCAAUUUCAUUGUAAAUAUAGUUGCAGCACAGUAAGUUUGCCUGGAUUUAUAAAGAAGCUGUAAAUUUGCUACGUAAGUGUUACCAAGAGGUAUUCUAUUAUUUGAAUUUUAUGGUGAGAGUUAUAUUGCAAAAUAAAGGAUCGAACAUCA